AUGGAACUCUCAGGAUGGGAUGCAUUUAUUUAUUUUUGUUCUUUAGUAGACUGUUCCUUAACUCAUCCUCUCCACAGUGCCAGUAAUGUUUCUCACACAGUGGUUCUCCGGCCUCUAAAAGCUGGAUACUUCAACUUCACCUCUGCUUCUGUUAGUUACCUGGCCCAGGAGGGUGGACAGGUUGUGGUUGGUUACACAAGUGCUCCGGGUCAGGGAGGCAUCCUCGCCCAGAGAGAGUUUGACAGAUGCUUUUCUCCACAUUACCUAGACUGGGCAGCUUUUGGUGUCAUGACCCUUCCCUCCAUUGGCAUUCCUCUGCUCCUGUGGUACUCCAGCAAGAGGAAGUACGACUCACCGAAAAGCAAAAAGAACUGAGUUAUCUAAUGCAAGACAAAAACAGAUCAGGGAUCAUACAUGGGUGGGGGGAGGAGUGUUAAGUGAAUUAUGGUGAAGCUGAGAAUGUUGUUUUUGAAUAAAUUAAUUACCCAUAUUGGGGUAAAUGGUCAAUGAUUUAAUCUGUUUUUAAGUGAUGUUGGUCUUCAUCAGAAAAUUUGUUUGAGGGAUAAGCAUUAAAUAGGAUGUUCACCAUCUGCUUUUGAUAUUUA